CUCCCGACUCUUACCAUCAGCAGCCGCCGGCACCACCGCUCCUCCUCCAUUUCGAUCCAAAUCACACAUCAGCUCCAAGGAAGGAAGCCGUCAGCCAUGUCCGGCCGCGGCAAGGGAGGGAAGGGGCUGGGCAAGGGAGGCGCCAAGCGCCACCGGAAGGUGCUGCGCGACAACAUCCAGGGGAUAACCAAGCCGGCCAUCCGCCGUCUGGCGCGGCGUGGCGGCGUGAAGCGCAUCUCGGGGCUCAUCUACGAGGAGACCCGCGGCGUGCUCAAGAUCUUCCUGGAGAACGUCAUCCGCGACGCUGUCACCUACACCGAGCACGCCCGCCGCAAGACCGUCACCGCCAUGGACGUCGUCUACGCGCUCAAGCGACAGGGACGCACCCUCUACGGAUUCGGCGGCUAGGCCGCGCCGGUCCACUCGAAUCCACCUCGCGCCACCGCAUUAGUAUCUAAGCCAUGGUUGUUCAGUGUAAUGGAAUGGCCGCAUCUCGCUGCUGUUUGCCCUGGACUUGUUUGUUGUUCGGAUGUACUAGUAUGGAAUGGAAAUCACAGCAUUUUACCCCUGAAUUCGUAUGUAAUCUGUGGCUCUGUCGAUGUUUGUUCGUGCGUAUGGUCAGAUAUUACCAGUGCGUUCAUCAA